AUGAUCUUCCUCAAGCUUCCACUGCUCUUGGGCGCCGUGAUACUGGCCAUGAUGGGAUCCGGUGUCAUGGCCGCCACAAGCCGCCCUCUUCGGCGCAUCAUGUAUUUGACUGGUCAGCACCCGGUUGCGCCCCAAAUCGACCAGCUCGACCAUGUCACCCAUGUUGCCCUCGCCUUUAUGAGCCCCGGCAUCUUCAACGAUCCUCUGAACCACGAAUGGCAUCUGUUCACCACCGUCGACCAUGUCCGCCCCCGCUUCCCCAAACACACAAAGGUCUUGAUCGCCAUUGGCGGCUGGGGAGACACCAUUGGCUUCUCCGUGGCCGCCCUUAACGACGAAACCCGCGCUCUGUUCGCCGAGAAUGUUGCCAAGAUGGUGGAGGCUACUGGCGCUGACGGUGUCGACAUCGACUGGGAGUACCCCGGAGGCAACGGCGAGGACUACAAGCAGAUUCCUAACUCGGACAAGCACUGGGAGAUCGCCGCCUACCCCCUCCUCCUCCAGGAACUGCGUGCUGCCCUAGGUCCCGACAAGGUCAUCUCGGCCGCCGUUCCUGGUCUGGACCGCGACAUGCUUGCCUUCACCCGCGAGACCGUCCCCCGCAUUAUGCGCCAUGUCGACUUUCUCAACGUCAUGACGUACGACAUGAUGAAUCGCCGCGACACCGUCACCAAGCACCACACCGGCGUCGAGUUGAGCCUCAAGGCCGUCGAUGCCUACGUGGCUGCCGGUGCCGCCCCCCAGAAGCUGAACCUCGGCUUUGCCUUUUACGUCAAAUACUUCAAGACCGAGCAAGAUGCCUGCGCACAAAUGUCACCAGUUGGCUGCCCAACCGUCGAGAUGGAGGAUCCCGUAUCGGGAGCCGAUCUGGGCCGCUCUGGUGCCUUUUCCUGGCACGACGACGUGCCAAAGCAUCUCCGUGCCUCCUUUGAAAGGGCUCUGACGCAGGGAGUUUACGAUGAUGAGCAAGGCGGCUACUAUUACUGGGACCCCACCGAGGCACUGUGGUGGACGUUCGAUACCCCGGAUGCCAUCAAGCAAAAGUUCCCCAAGAUCAUGGAAAAGCGUCGGUUGGGAGGCGUUUUUGCAUGGGGCCUAGGCGAAGAUGCCCCCGACUAUGAGCACCUCGCCGCGCUGAACGAGGGUUUGACCAAGUUAAAGGGAGAGGUUACUGAUGAGAGGGAUGAGUUAUAG